AUGGCCUCUACGACAGCCAACGGUCAAUUUGGCAAGACCCUCAUUGAUUUUACUUUGAAAAGAGAAUUUCCGGAUGAGGAAGUUUCUGCUUCUACCGUUGAGAAUGUAGCUCUACCAGAAGCUUUAGAAUCCCUGGGUCAAGCUAAAUUGUCUCUCGAAACAGAGAUUCGUCAAAUUAGUAGUGAAAGUGCUUCCAAUGUCGAUAAGUGGAUACAACAUGCUCAAGCCCUCCAGGAUGAUAUCGACAAAUCAAGAAAACUGGCAAACGAAGUCGUUCAACAAGCAGAGGCGGACGAAUCGCGAUUCACUAAUGUACAAAAUCACGAAAAUCAUCUUGAACUUUUGGCAAAGGAAAUCGAAUUUAAUGCGCAAUUGGUGGAAUGUAUACAGUGGAUAAAGCGUGCGAAUGAUUCUCUCGAUAAAGCUGCCGAGCAGGCGGAUAAAUGUGAAAUUCACGAAGCUCUAAUGUCUCUCGACAUUGCAGGCAAUCUAAUGGCGGAAAUCCCAGCAGAAAACACGCCCAAAGAAGCUUCCAUCACAAUCCAUGAGAACCUCAGCGGUAUUUCAACGUCUUUGGAGGAUGUCGCUAUUGGAUUACAUAGAUUCAAAGAGUUUGAUGCUUUUGGCAAAGAUUUAUGGGAGAAGUUGUCUGAAACCAUCAUCCAGCCUCGGAUCGGCCUUGAAUCGACACCCUCUCUGUUCAAAAUAUGUAUUGAGAAUAAUACGCUCCGUGUCACCGAGGAACAAGCAGAUUCUACCAUAAAAUCCUUGUUUCGGGAUAUUUUGGACAUCAUUCGCUUUCUGGACCAGAACUUGCCCAAGUCAAUGGUGAAGUCCUUGUCCGCGGCCAUGAUGCCUGACUUAUCUGAAAUCAUAAUUGAAACAUGGCUAGAAUCGUCUGUACCAACAUCCCUAAGUGAUAUGGCCGAUUAUCAAAAAGCGCUAGCUCGAACCACUGCAUUUGCUGAUACUUUAGAAUCCUUGGGAUGGCCAGAAGCACGGAAAUUUCACGAAUGGGUUGAGGGCGCCGCUAAAAUUUGGUUGACCAAGAAGAGAGAGACGUCACUAGAUAGCAUUCGUAAUGCGUUAGCCCUUGGUAUUGGUCAGCCCGUGGAAGCUAAACGUGUGGAAAUGCGUAUGGUGACCAAGGAUGAUGGUAUGCAUGUUACUGCUAGUGGAGAGGCGGUGAAAGAUGAUUGGAACUGGGGUGAGGAAGAUGAAGAGGAAGAAACUCACCCGGUGAUAAGAAGUCGAGCUUCUUUAGACGAGGAACGAAGGGCGAGCUCAAUAUCCGUUUCCCUUCCCCAAGACGAGAAUAUCCAAGUAGAUGAAGAAGACGCUUGGGGUUGGGGUGAUGAGAACGAAGUCGCCGUCGAAUCGCCUCUAGAUGAUCAUCCGACACAAAUCCCUCAAAUACCGGAUAGUCCUAUCAAAACAAAUGAUCCAGCAGAGAAGCGUAAUGUUACACUUUCGGAGAAGUAUUGGACAUCAACCAUGCCUUUGACAGUAUUUAACCAUAUUGUUAAUAUCUAUGAAGAUGGUAGCACAUUAAUGCAGCCAGAUCACGAUUCGAUUCCUGUGUCACCCGCCGCUGGUGGUUUAUUCAAUAUUCCCACCUUAAUUCUAGCAAUGUAUCGGGCAGUAUCUCCAUGUUAUUAUGCUCAGGAUCCAAAGGGAAAUAUGUUCUCUUACAAUGAUGCUAUGUGGUUGGUUGAUAAAUUAAAGGCUUUCUCCAAAGAGUGGCAUUUACGUACAGACUUGACUCCUCGAGCUUUGAAUCUGGUCAAGAUUGAUUCAGAAAUUGGACCUCUUGAAAGUUUUGGAAAGAGAGCUUACAAAAAUGAGAUGGACACACAACGUACUAUUCUGCAUGACUUGCUUGGUGGUUCUCAAAAUUUCGUAUACAAUGAUAGUGAAAACGCAAUUCGUGCUGUCGUUGGUCACAUCAACCAACAGUCUACCUCUUGGAAAGAAAUACUUCCGGAUUCGACUUGGGCAUCAGCUGUUGGUACAUUAGUUAACACAGUUGCCACUAAAAUCAUCAAUGAUGUUUUCGAGCUCACAGAUCUUGGAGUAGAUGAAGCCGAAAGAAUAGCAUUACUAAUCCAACAAGUCAGUGAUCUAGAGUCUUUAUUCAAACCAAAUGAAAUUGGGACUUAUGCUGGCAACUGGCUAAAAAUGCAAUUUUUGAGCGAAGUUCUUCAAAGUAAUCUGAAGGACAUUAGGUAUCUCUGGUUUGAGAGUCAUCUUAGUUUAUACUUUUCCAAAGAUGAGGUGCGCGACUUGGUUGAGUUAAGCUUUGAAGAUAAUCCCAAUUCUAGAUCGUUGAUCAAGGAUAUCAAGGAAAAGCCAAUGCCGGAUUUUGGGGCUAUGUGA